AUGGAAGCGCUUUUGGAAGCCAUGCGAUUCCGAGAAGAACUCGACAUUCAGGAGCGGCAAAGACGUCGACUGUUGAAGGCCAAGACGAAGGUGUCGGCAUGGCUAACGAGGACAAAUGGGGAUGCUCGAGGAUGGAAGAGUAGUCCUGCCUUGAUGCAACAAAGGCGAACAACAAGCUCGACGAUUUCCGAAAUCCCACGCGUUGUGGUGACCGAGGCCGGAGACGUCAGGCAGGAGCGAUCCAGAACUCCAUGUCUUUCGCUUAUGUACAAUUUUGCGGAAGAAGAACAAGAACGAUCGCUGUCCUCCAGAUGCUCUUUCAGUCUUGAUUUGGAUCAGACCCCUGCUAUGGGAGAUGUGCCAAUGCAUUCGCUUAGCCUCGAUUCUUGUUAG